CGACCGAGGACAAGAAGCAUCCGUCCCUUCUUGAAUCUCAGUUCCAGAGCCUUGAGCACUGUGAGAGUCAUCUCUCAGUCAUGGUGAACACAUAUCCAACCCAGAGAGAGAGAUAGCCUCCCACCAGCUUCAGCAAGAAUGCAUGACAGGAAUGACAAGAAGGUUAAGGCCGCAAUGGCUCGAACCGCAAGACCUGGCUUAUUGGAAGCCCGGGAAGACAUUCUCGAGAUGAGAGUUUGACAUGAAGAAAGAUCCCGACGACCUUGAGACCGUCAUCUCUCAUUUUGGCGAUAUCAGCCUGAUCGGUGCGGGGCUUUUCAGCCUUUUCUUCGACAGGAAGCGACUCAUACAGCUCGUUUGCACAAUUGAAUUCCUUUUCGGAAACGGCAUAGGGCGGAGUUUUCCACAUAAGCCAGAGCUGGGCGCGGGCAGCUCGCACUUGGGCCCUGAAGCGCGGCAGCCCGCGCUCGCUGGGCAUGUCUUCCAACUUGCUAGCCUUGGCCAAUGCUUCGGUCAGCUCGCGACGCCACCAUUCGACUGUCGGCUCCUCUGCGCGCUCUUUGUCUGGUUCUCUUCGUUCGUACAUGUAGACGUUCCCACUGGCAUUGUCCGUUGGCUCUUUGGAGUUUGGCUCUUUGGGGUUCGAAUCCUUUUUCAGUUUUCUGAAAAGCGACAUGGUGGUGUGGAUUAGACCGGGUUCAAUGAGCAAGGUGCUGUCUGGUGUCUAUGGCGAGUUUGAGGCGGCUGAUAUGAAGAGAGAGAACAGCUGAAUAAUGGCUGUGUGUCGGACCUUCGGUGCGUUUUUAAAGCCUCGCUCUUUCACAGUGAGAGAUAAGAGCUAAU